AUGUCUCCCUCAACGAAACCCACGCGCAAUCUGAAGGUCAACGUACCGCGACAUAAUUCUCAACGUAUUGGUCCUCUGCUUACGGCCAGCGUGGAAGCUGUUGCUCGUGAAGACAGCAUCCGCGUGGAUGUCAGUCAGACGGCUCUCGAGCCGAGCAGUGCUCUCGCGCAAGCUAUUGAAAGCGCAUCUGAAUGGAACUCCCUUCUCAUGACCGCGCGCGCAGACCGAGGUCCCCAAUGGGACGUCGGAACACAACUGUUCCAAGUGGACGAAUACUCCGAGCUGUAUUACGACCCCACGCCUCUCAUGGGCUACAUCAAAGAGCAGCAGGCCAGCUCCGACGAAUCCUCCUCCGCCAACCCCCCCUCGCAGCGCCAGCAACAGGAAGCCAUCAACUCUCCCCGCAUACACCGCACGGCCUCGCAGGGCCAUCUAAAUCCGGGCCAGUCCCCGGCCCAACUAUACGGCUCCCCGCAAGCCAUGGCGUCCCCGCGCCACUACCCUGGGGCGAACCAGGGCAUGCCCGGGGGAUAUGGCGGCAUGGGCGGCCCCAUUCCUCCAGCACAGUUCUACGGAACUGGGGGGGACGGCAUGCCUGCCUCCCCGAUGCAGCGCGGACACAGCAUGGGCAUGGGCCCCGGGAUGGGUAUGGCACCAGGGAUGGGCAUGAGCCCGGGUAUGGGCAUGAUGCCGCCAGACGGCUCGAUGUCUCCCGAGGUGCGGCGGCGGGUGACCCGGGGGAUGAGCAUGGACGAGUUCGGGAACAUGCAUGGAUGAGGGAUGGGCAUCUCAGCUGCGUAGCUCUCUUGUCAUGCUGCAUUGCCACUCGUGUCGUGCUUGUAUACUAUUCCAGGAUCGGGGCCCACCAUGUAUAUCAUGUCCGUCAUCGCAGCAAUUCCU